AGGGCCCAGGCCAGCGGGGAGGGCAGGCCUGGCUCACAGCGACCCUCGCUGCUCAGACAGAACCUGGUAAGAGCAGGGGUUAGUUCAGGGCCCGCAUCUGGGGGCCUCUGGGCCGGGCCAGCAGGAGAACUACAUUUCCCAGAGUCCUCCAAUCCUGGGGACUGAGCCAUUGGAAGAUUUAAAUAGCCCAGGCCCGAGGCAGCCAGGCCGCAGGCUGUGGACUCGUCCGCCUCCCCGGUGGCUCCAUUGGCGCUGGCCCGCGUUGGUGGGCUCGAUUGGCUGCCCGGCUGGCACUGACGUCCCCGCGGAGCCCGGUGGCAGCUGGAGGUAAACAGCCAUGUGCAGUCUUCCACUCUAUAUUUAACAGCUGCUGCGGAGAAGGCAGGGAGGCAGGAAGGGAGUGGUGGCGGGCUCCCCGGGAGGCUCCUGUCUUCGGGGAGAAGGCCUCCCAGCCCUGCUGGCACCGGCCCUUGCCGGGUGAGGCUUCACCAUGCCAGCCUCCCAGAGCCGCGCCCGCGCCCGGGACCGCAACAACGUCCUCAACCGAGCCGAGUUCCUGUCCCUGAACCAGCCCCCCAAGGGCGCCCCGGAGCCCCGCAGCUCGGGCAGGAAGGCCCCGGGCCCCUCGGCGCAGCCCCCACCCCCCAGCGAUGGCGCCCGCGAGAGGCGCCAGUCACAGCAGCUGCCCGAGGAGGACUGCAUGCAGCUGAACCCCUCCUUCAAGGGCAUCGCCUUCAACUCCCUGCUGGCCAUCGACAUCUGCAUGUCCAAGCGGCUGGGGGUGUGUGCCGGCCGCGCCGCGUCCUGGGCCAGCGCCCGCUCCAUGGUCAAGCUCAUUGGCAUCACUGGCCACGGCAUCCCCUGGGUCGGGGGUACCAUCCUCUGCCUGGUGAAGAGCAGCACGCUGGCCGGCCAGGAGGUGCUCAUGAACCUGCUCCUGGCCCUGCUCCUGGACAUCAUGACGGUGGCCGGCGUGCAGAAACUCAUCAAGCGUCGUGGCCCGUUCGAGACGAACCCCAGCCUCCUGGACUACCUCACCAUGGACGUGUACGCCUUCCCCGCCGGGCACGCCAGCCGCGCGGCCAUGGUGUCCAAGUUCUUCCUCAGCCACCUGGUGCUGGCCGUGCCCCUGCGCAUCCUGCUGGUGCUCUGGGCCCUCUGCGUGGGGCUGUCGCGGGUGAUGAUCGGGCGCCACCACAUCACGGACGUCAUCUCGGGCUUCAUCAUGGGCUACUUCCAGUUCCGCCUGGUGGAGCUGGUCUGGAUGUCUUCUAACACCUGUCAGAUGCUGAUCUCCGCCUGGUGAGCCCCGGGACUCGAGAGAGGGGCAGGCGCCGCGGCCACCCCGCCACCGCGUCUCCCCCCGUCACGGCUGGAGGCUGGCGACCUCGGCCAGGCUGCCCGGAGGCUGGGUGUGGCCGGCGGGGGCAGGUGCCCUCGGCUCCUUGGCCUGGACUGUGCGGGUCCUCUCUGGGCGGGCGGGGGGUCCCCGGGGGACGGCUGUGCUUUGCUUGCGCCACACGAGGACUCAAGGUGACAGGCGCGGGGCCGAGUCAUGUCCUGCCCCUUCGUCAUCCUCACGACUGCUGAGUGCUUGGCUGUGCCCACUGUGCCACGGCACGAUGCCUGGCAAAACGCCCCCCCCCCACUCCCACCGCCCAGCACAGGCGCCACUGCCGUCGACCGUCAUCGAUAGCUUAGGGCGGCACUUUCCAGAGGGCACCCUGCCGGACGCCAGCCUGCAAGAUGCUUUGGGAAGGAAAAGGGUUUUGUGGUCAAAUACACUUGGGGAAUGCUGCGUACUCUUGCCCCCAUGCCGGACAUUCACAAGGGCCGUUGUCGUCUUAAAGGCUCUGACAAGUCCUGUAGAAAUGCUUCCUGUCAAACACGGUUCAGCUCCGUGUUUCCUCAACUUAUUUGGCCACAGACCCCUUUUCUCGAGGAACAGCUACUCACCCCCAAAGAACCGCCGUCUCCUCAAGCACAUUUUGGGAGAGGCCGCCCGGGAGCCGGAGGGUGUGGGCAGAGCCCACGGCCACGGGCUUCGGUGCCGCUUUGGCCCGCGGGGGCCGGACUCCAUGUGGCCUGAUAGGUCGUUUCCAAGUGCCCAUCAUGGAUGUGUGUUUCAUGUGACAAUACAGGCAAUCUGCAGGGGACCCUCUCUGUGCUCUCUCCUCGUGUGAUGCAAGUUUCCAGGCUGGGGGGAGGGGUCUCUGUUGACGUAAAAGGGUGGGAUUUCUUCAGCCCCAGAUGGGCCACGGUGUCAGGUGGUCAGAGGUGAAUGGGCUUCUAGAUUUUUCCAGGCUGGUUGGUCGUUCUCCCUGAAGUCACGAUGCAGGGGCUCGAACUCACAAACUGUGAGAUCACGACCUGAGCUGAGAUC